AUGUUCUCCCCAAGGGCGGACGGCAGUGAGUGGGACCAGCGUCGUCACCCACGGCACAUUCCGGCCGAGGCGCACGGGUCCGGCGAGUACCACGUCCUCGGGUACAAUUCUGGUGGCCACGUGAGCGCCCACACGAGCUUCAAGGGCCCCCCCGCGCCGCCCCGGAAGCACGAGAAGAAGUCCAAGUACGAACACAUGAAGAUGAUCAAGCACCGCGGUGACGACCCGAAGCGGAAGCGCAGCAAGAUCGCGAAGACGAGCGCGAAGGCGGGGAGCUUCACGCACGCGGAGGGCUACGGCUACGGGGACGGGGAGGCCGUAUCGUUCGCAGAUCGCUACGGAGCCAUCGCGGACUCGUCUGCGCAGAGCGCCGGUGACUACGGAGCCACGGCAGGGUACGCUUCGUGUCACCGCCGCACAGGCCCGACGAUCGAACGACCUCCCGGCCGGCGAACACGCGCGGGAAGAACGCUCGCCGCCGGUCGUCGCAACGCGGUGCAGGGGCUACGGCAAGGCGACCGCUUCUCGCAAGAAGCAUGUCGCGAAGGAAGGAAAGGCAUACAAGCACGAUCCUAA